AGCUUACCGGUGUCAGAUCACUUCCUUUCGAGCAACUUUAGUAUUUAUUUAUAAUAAAAUAUCGUACAGCCUACAGCACUUCUCGAGUUAUCGCUUAUUUAUAGAUCUUGUUCAAGGCUUGAUAUCAACGUAUUUUAAUUUAAAAAAUGAGUUCAGAUAGAAAGUUUUUUGUUGGAGGUAACUGGAAAAUGAAUGGUGAUAAAAAAUAUAUUGAUGGCAUUGUUGAGUGGAUGACGAAGGGACCAUUAGAUCCUAAAGUAGAGGUUGUGGUAGCUCCCCCCUAUUGUUAUCUCCAGUAUGCUAGGGAAAAGUUGCCUGCAAAUGUACAAGUAGCUGCACAGAACUGCUACAAAGAGAAGGAAGGUGCAUUUACAGGAGAAAUUAGUCCUUUCAUGAUUAAAGAUUUGGGAGGUUCUUGGGUCAUUACUGGUCACUCAGAAAGACGACACAUUCUAGGAGAAUCUGAUGAGUUUGUGGCUGAGAAGACCAAGUUCGCCCUUGACAGUGGAUUAGGAGUCAUUCCUUGUGUCGGUGAAAAACUUGAAGAAAGAGAAGCUAAUAAAACGAUGGAAGUCAUUAACAGACAGAUGAAAGCACUAGCUGAUAAAAUUAAAGACUGGACAAAUGUUGUUAUAGCCUAUGAACCCGUUUGGGCUAUUGGCACUGGUAAAACAGCCUCACCUGAGCAAGCCCAAGAAGUCCAUGAGCAAAUCAGAGAAUGGUUGAAGAAUACUGUCUCAGCUGAUGUUGCUAAGAAGACAAGAAUAAUUUAUGGAGGAUCUGUUAAAGGUUCAAAUGCUCAAGAACUAGGAAAGAAACCUGACAUUGAUGGCUUCCUUGUUGGAGGAGCAUCCCUGAAACCAGAAUUUCUUGAAAUUGUCAAUGCACUUAAAUAAACCUUUCAACAUAGAGAUACAAAGUGAAGUUCUUGUUUAUGUUAGUAGGACAUUGAACUUUCAGAGUGAAUCAAAUGUCUACAAAUCAGUCAACCAUAACAUCAAUUUGAAUUUGUAUGUAUUGUAAAUGAAUAAAAAUAACAUCAAAUAUUUUUAAACAGCAAAACAGAUAUUGUUUUGCUUUUUUUCCCCUAUCAAUCUUUGUUAUAUAUUAUUUUCUUCCAAAGAAAUUGGACAAGUCUGUAUUUUAACAUUGAUCUUAAAUUUCAAUGUGUAUCAACAUUUUUGUUCUUGCUGUGUACAGACAGAAUAUGCAGUACCUAGUCUGAACCCCAGUAACUAUUUUGUUUUAGUUUCUAUAGUGUCAUCUGAGACUUAAAGUAUGCUGUGAAUGAAGUGAGUGUGUCAAAUAGUCAUGUUUCUGAAAAAAUUUUUACUGUUUCCUUUACACUUGUUUCUAGAUGUGAGACUUCUACUUAGCUUGUAAUAAUGUAAUAAAACUGAAACAAAGCUAACAA